UAUAGUCAUAGAUAUAUCAAUACAAGACAUUCACUGUAGCAUUGUAGCAGCAGAAAAUUGGGAAUAUUAUAAAUCUCCUUAUACUGACCUGGAAUGUUGUCAAUGAUAAAUCAUUGAUUAAAAUUCAAUGUACAGUGCAUUUGCAUACAUGAUGCCAGCAAUGUUUAUAUAAAUUUAUAUUAUUAAAAUGCAUUUAUAAAUAUGCAAAUUCAAUAUUUCUAAAUAAAAAUGCAAAUCUGGAAGGAUAAAUGACUUUUAGCUAAUUACACAGCUAAAAAGCGUUCCAGAAGUCGAAAUUAGAACCUGAUGUACAUAACUCUAAGACCUUAGCUUUCUGUUCUGCCCUGAACCAUGUCUCUUAUCCCUCCUUCUGGGUCUUUGCACAUGCUGUCCCCCUGCUGGGAAUAGCCUUUGUCUAGCUUUAAAACUUCAAUAAUUUACUUUUCUUUCAUUUCUUCAGUUAUCACUUAUUUCUUUGUCAUUAUUUUAAAUUUACUAGGUCUGCCCUUAUUUAAGGAAACAAGCCACAUCUGAUGCUUUUUAUUGUUCAAAUUUGCAGCAUCCUCUGAGUUUUUAAAAUACUUGUUGUCUGCUUAAAUAAUUAGGGAAUAAGAGGGAAGUGGACUGACAAAGAAAAAGAAAAAUGUUAACUAAGAUUGUCCCUUUCUUCAUUUGAGCGGUCUUUCGAAAAUGUUCUUCAGUGAACCAUUGUGGAAAGAGAAAAGAAAUAUCACAAAAGUAGCUGAGGGUUGUGAUUCAGAGCUGAAUUGGAAAUUUGGGGUAUGGUUUGAUCCUUGAUUAUGGCUGAAGCAAGUCUAGAAAUACAAAUGUUUACCGACUAAAGCUGAUAGCUGUCAUCAUUGAGUCUGACUGACAGAGAAAUAAUAGCCAGUCCCUGAUAUCAAAUCCACUCUCAAGCCUGGAGAAAGGGCUAAUACUAGUAUUCUCUAUUCAGUUCAGAGUUCACUGCCGUUUCCUUUUGUUCUAUAAAAUAUCAUUAAUUGUAUUGGUGCCCACUUCAUCUUUAGUAAUCUAUUAAGAACCUUGAGAAAUGUGAAGUCCCAGGUGAUACAGUUUAUGGCCUCGGCUGCAAACCAAAAGGUUAGAGGUUUGAAUCCACCCAGAGAUACCUCGAAAGAAAGGCCUGGCAAUCUAUUUCUGAAAAAUCAGCCAUAGAAAACCCUAUUGCUCACAGUUCUACUCUGACAUUCAUGGGGUCACCAUGAGUCAGAAUCUACUCCAUGGCAUCUGGUCUAGACUUUGGUUGGCAAGUAACUGUCACUAUGUUGAGAGCAUUAUGAAUUUCCCCUGAGAUUCAUUCUGUCAGAGAUAUGUGAGAAAUAAAGCUGUCCAGCUUCCACUAGAAUCCACAGGUAUCUUUUAAAAAUGUAAGCCUGAUUUAUAAUUCAGGCUAUUUACAAUUAAGAAAUUAUAAUACUCUUUUGUUUUAUACUCUCCCUUGGUUUCCCAUUGCCCUCAGAAAUUCCUUGCCUUGUCCUAAAAUUCUCUGGUUUACCUGGUUACUGCCUCUACCUCUCCAAACACACAUUGAGCCAAAUGAAUGACGCCAAAUAGUCACUAACUAUAAACACUAUGUUGCUUUUUUAGAUUUUCCGACUCUCAGCCAGCGCUCAUAUCAGUACCUGGUAAAUGCGAAACCAAAACAAUGUGACUGAAUUCAUUCUUUUGGGUCUUACGAAAAACCCAGAGCUGAGGAAAAUAUUUUCUGCUGUGUUUCUAAUCAUGUAUGUUGUCACCAUGUUGGGAAACCUACUCAUUGUGGUAACUAUGACUGCAAGUCAGAGUCUGAGGUCACCUAUGUAUUUUUUCCUUACUUCCUUGUCCCUCAUGGAUGCCAUCUUUUCUUCUGUCGUCGCCCCCAAGAUGAUUGUGGAUUCCCUCUCUGAGAGCACUACCAUCUCCCUCAAAGGCUGUAUGACCCAGCUCUUUGCAGAACAUUUCUUUGGUGGAGUGUCAAUCAUCCUUCUCAUUGUGAUGGCCUAUGACCACUAUGUGGCCAUCUGUAAGCCCCUGCACUACAGGACCAUCAUGAGUUCUCGGAUGUGCUGCCUGCUGCUGGGAGGGGCCUGGGUGGGAGGAUUUUUGCAUGCAAUGAUACAGCUUCUCUUCAUGUACCAAAAACCUUUCUGUGGUCCCAAUGUCAUUGAUCACUUUAUGUGUGACUUGUUUCAGUUGCUGACACUGGCCUGCAUGGACACCUGCGUCCUGGGCCUCUUGGUCAUCCUCAAUAGUGGGGUGAUGUGCGUGACCAUCUUUCUUAUCCUCAUUGUCUCCUACAUGAUCAUCCUCUGCUCUUUGAAGUCUUAUAGCUCUGAAGGAUGGCGCAAAGCCCUGUCUACCUGUGGCUCCCACCUCACAGUGAUUGUCUUGUUCUUUGUGCCAUUUGUUUUCUUGUACGUAACACCUGUGGCCACUUAUCCCAUAGACAAGGCAAUGGCUAUGUCGGAGUCUAUCAUCACACCCAUGUUAAAUUCCUUGAUCUACAUCCUGAGAAGCACAGAGGUGAAAAAUACCAUGAAGAAACUUUGGAUGCAAUGAGAGACUUUAGAUGGCAAGUAACUGUCAUCAUGCUGAAAACAUUAUGAGUUUCUCCUAAAGAGAAGUCAUUCUUUCCAAGAUGUGUGAGAAAUAAAACAGCCCAAGUUCCAGAAGAAUCCAGAGGGAUCUUUUAGAAAUACAAGUCUGAUUUAUUGUUUAGGAUAUUUACAACAUAGAAAUUAUGAUACUGAUUUUCAAGGUUUCUUUUCUUCCUCCUAAUCUCAUCCUUGUGGUGGUUACCCUUUCCCCUUUAGCCUUCCCCAGGUCAGUCCUUUUACCUCACUACUGGAACUCCAUUAUCAGAUCUAAGAGCUAUAAUUCAUUUUGUAGUUUUUCCUGUUUACAGGUAAAGUUUAACUAUACAAACUUUUGUCCAUAAAAUGUACCUUUCACAUGUGUGCACACAAGUUAUUUCUCAAAUUCGAGUACUGUGUAAGCCCUUCCUAAGGAGAAAUCAGUUCUUUUGAAUUUCGGCAAUGAUACGAAUCAUGAUUUCACAUUUCUAAUGUAACGAGGUGUUAAGAUUGAAAUUUUGGCUACACAUGAUAAGUGAAAUUACAAAGUGCGUUCCAGAUCACACCAUACCUGCUACUACAGUGAAGGCAGUGAAUGAUGAAGAUAAGAACCCUCACAACUAAGUAAAGAAUAUGAAACCUGGUCAGUAUAAACUGGAAGAGUGGUUUGUGAGAACAGCUUUGGAUGUAGAGAAUUCCCCUGCCCCACCAUGGGAGUAGAGGUAUGCCUGCCUCUCAUGUCGGUACUCGUUUCUCUGAUGUUUCUGUGGAAGGACAUGUUUGGAGUUACCUACUCUGCCAUUUGGCUGACAUCACCUCCUACUUUAAUUUUUAAUUGUCUGUCAACCAGAGGUCAUAGUACCUUAAAAUUCCAGUCAAGUACCUUAAAAUUUGUUUGUAUUUGUGAGUGUGUGUGCAUUUACACAUACAUGUGUACGUGCAUGCUGAAAGGGCACUUCUAGAGAGUGCUAUUCUGACAGACUAGCAUAUGAUCCUCCACAUUGGUGGCUGCAGGGACUGAGAUCAGAAAAAUCUAGGCAGAAAGAGAGACUUAGUGGUAUCAGCACAGGAUUGCCCAGUAGGGCAGGCUCAGCUACAGGUGUCCAAUGUAUCAUCUUCAAGGAGCAUCCUAUCAAAUGCUCAUACUGGCAAAAUGACAAUCUGAAUUCUGCAACUUUCCAGUCUCCUACAGAUUGGCUCAUGUUGACCAAAUUCAUAUGGUACUAGAAAAAGAUUUGUAAAAGGAAUUUGGUGGACACACAUGCACACGAUUAUCCUGUGAUUAGUCAGCACAUUUCUUUCUGGAGAAAAAUGUCUACAAGAAGUUAAAUUACCAAGUGAAAAUGGUCAGGUGUUGAUAGAAUCCAAGUAAGGCUCAUUAUAGGUUGUUUACAAUGGUUAUGAGCUUUAAGUACUCAUAGUCUAAUGCAGUCCUCUCAGAAUAUUAAAUGUGUAUAUAAUGGACCAAUAACAUGUUGAUAUACAUUGACUGCUUCCUGUUAGGACUGUUUCCUGUUAGGAGUAUUUCACCUUUCCUGUCCAUGUAACAAAAACUAAUGUGUUAAGGAAGUGUAAAUUAAAUACACCAUAUUUAUCAGCUGAAGUCAUAAUUUGCUACGCCAUAACUUUUUCAUGGCAUUUUUCACUUCUGCAUUCCUCAGUAUAUAUAUCAGAGGGUUGAGAAAGGGUGUCCCAAUUGUAUAAAACACAGCCACCAUCUUGUCCACUGGAAAUGUAGCUGGUGGGUGUGUGUACAUGAAUAUACAUGGACCAAAAAACAUGACUACCACAAUAAAAUGGGAGAUGCAGGUAGAAAGAGCUUUUCACCUUCCUUCUGCACUGUGGUUUCUCAGAGAGUAUCAAAUGACAACAUAGGAUAUAAGCAAGAGCGUGAAACUCAUCAUGCAUAUGGCCCCACUAUUGGACACAGCAGCAAACUUAUCACAUAGUGUCCAUGCAGGCAAGUUUCAACAAGGGCUGCAAGUCACACAAAUAGUUAUCAAUCACAUUGGGACCACAGAAGGACAAUAUCAAAGCCAAGGAAAUCUGUAUUGAAGAAUGGAUACAAGAUCCCACCCAGGCCAGAAUCACCAGCACACCACAGACACCUGCUCAUGGUGGUUGUUUAUAUUGCAGCAGCUUUCAAAUGGCCACAUAGUGAUCAAAAGCCAUGAGGAUGAGCACAAAUAUCUCCAUACACCCAAAGAAAUGGGCUGCAAAGACCUGAGUCAUGCGCUCACGGUAGGAAAUGGUCUUCUUCUAGGAUAGAGCAUCCGCAAUCAACCUGGGUGCCGUAGUUGUAGAAAAGCAGACAUCAGCAAAGGACGGGUAGAAUAGGAAAAAGUACUUGGGACUCCCAAGGGUAUGACUUGUCUUAAUAGUCACCACAAUGAGAAAAUCCCCCAGCAGAGUCAAAAGGUAAAGAAUCAAGAAGAUUCCAAAUAUUGCUUUCUGCUUUUCAGCAUCCUGUGUCAACCCAAACAGAAUGAAUUCGGUCACACUGUUAUUCAUCACUAUGUAAGUGGCUGUAGGUGGGAUGAAUUUGACAAAGGUUUAAUCUGCAGAGAGAAAAAAAGUGACAUUUUGGGAAAAUCAUUUGGCUAAACUCUGAAUUAAUUGGUUCUGUUCCAUGUUCUGUUACCUCCAAUUACCUUUGGCGUGCACCAAAAUUCCCCAGGAAUCUUUGUAAAUCUACAGAUGCACAGACCUCUCCCAGAUUUAUCUGUUGAUUCAUUUAGAAACUGUCUGAUUGGCCCAGCACUUUUGUAUUUUUUGAAUAAAAAAAUUAUAUAUAUAUAUAUAUGCCUCCUUUACAAACUUUGAUUUUUUACCAAGACUGAGAACUAUAAAACUUGUUCUUUCCCUGGGCAAGUGACUUAACUGCUUUGAAACUUGGCCUUCAUAUGAAAAAUGAAGUACCAAUAUCUGCUCUACCUUAUUCUGAGUUAUCAUGAGAAUUUAAAAAAAGAUUUACACACAGACAUUUACAUGACUAUGUGUUUGAUGGAAACCCUGGUGGCGUAGUGCUUAAGUGCUACGGCUGCUAACCAAAGGGUCGGCAGUUCAAAUCCGCCAGGCUCUCCUUGGAAACCCAAUGGGGCAGUUCUACUCUGUCCUAUAGGGUGGCGAUGAGUCGGAAUAGACUUGAUGGCACUGGGGUUUUUUUUAUAUGUUUGAUGCAUUAUGCAUCUUAUCUAUGUGCUUUGAAAUCUGAAAAACACCAUUCCAAUGUAAUUAAGCAAUAAUUUUAUUGUUGGAGAAUUCCUUCUUAAGAACAUAUUUUCAGUUCUGUUGACUCAUUUUUGUGUCUAUUAUCCCUGGCUCUUUAGGAUCUUGAGUGGUAUAUGCUUUACAACUAAACUGUUUUGACAAUUUAUCAUCUAUGCCUCUAGUAGUCAAGAUGUGAGCUUCUCUGAUGUUCAUGACAUAAUGAAUGUCUGGAUGAUGUUUGUCUUACUUAUCUAGUGCUGCUAGGAUAGAAUUACCACAAAUAGGUGCCUUUAACAAACAGGGGGCUAGAAGUUUGAAUUCAGGGUGCUUUCUGUCUCUGUUGGCUCAGAGGAAGGUCCUCGUCUCUUUGAGCUUCUGCUCCUGGGUAAUCUUCAUGUGGCUUAGUAUCUUUCCUCCCCUAUCUUGCCUUCCCAGCUUUCUUGUUUCAUCUGUUUUAUCACUAAUUCUGUCUCAUUAACAUAAAAAAGACAACCCAUCCCCAAAUAGGAAUAUAACCACAGGCAUAGAAGCUAGGAUUUACAACACGUUUUGGGAGGGUGCAAUUCAACCCACAGCGAUGCUUUUGGUUGGCAUGAUGGAGGGAAACUACUCUUUAUCUUUGUCUUGAACUUAUUCCCUUAACUUAGCUUUAAAAUAGAAUAUUGAGCUUCUCUAUCUAUAAAUUUGACUUGCAUAUACUUUCUAAUAUUCUAACAACCUCAGUAUUGUUUUUACUCAUAUAUAACCUUCUUUAUUCUGAAUUCCCCAGGAUACUUCUUCUAAAAACUUUAUUUGGAGAUCAUUAAUAAAGUAAGACAUUAUGCAAUAUGUACUAGAAGAGAAGAAACCACAUGCAGAGAGAAAAGCACAAAUUUCUCAAGGAUAGAUUGAAAAAAAAAGUGAAGAAUUCAAAAUUAUGUAAAAAGUGAGCUAUAAUUUUAACUGGAAAGAUCCAAGUUCCAAACCAAGUUCUAUUAGAUGUAAACUUUCAGACUUAGAACUGAGAGGAGAUAUGUUAGCAGAGUGAUCAAUACAUAGAGUCUGAAGUCACAUUGUCUAGUUUCAAACCUCACCCCACUGUUCAUCAGAGGUGUGACAUUUAACAAGUUCUUUGAUAUCUCUGUGCUUUGUUUUCUUCAUCUGUAAAACAGAAAUAAUAAAAUAAUAUAUGCUUUAAGGUUGCUGCGAAGAUUAAAUAACUUGACUUAAUCAGAUUAUUAGAUGCCAGUACUCAGUACCCAUAAUAAGAGUGGUUAUUUUCAUUAUGAUUUUCACUACUGGAUUUACAAGAGAGAUUUUCCAUUUUUCAAGAAUAUUAAUUCAAAUUUUUUAUAUAUCCAUAAUAAAGCUAUACCAUUGCAUUAAAAUAUUAAGUUCCUUUGCUGAGUGGCUGAAAUCAUAUCAGCACUGUGGAUGACAAUAGUUUUCUUAUGAUGAUCAGAAGCUAGGAUUGAGAGUUCUAAAUAUCUCUAAGACAUAAAAAAGAGAAACAUCAAUCAAAAGUAUGUAAUAGCAUCAUUACAAGGGACCCAUGAUAAGAGGAAAGCAGAGAUAAAACAAGAUCUUGGUAGUGAACAGUUUGGAAUCAAAAGCAAAGGAAUGUGGGCAUUUAGAUGACAAGAAAUGAAAUAAAAAAUUUAGUGGUGGUAAGGCACAUGCUAUAUUAAGAAAACAGAUCAGUAUGAACCCUCUAGUUUGGUCAGACUCAAAAGCUGUGGUAGAAAAGUUGGAAAAGUAAGUCGCCUUCGUAGCUGAAGGCCAUAAAAGCCAAGUUAUAAAUAUCUGAUAUUCUCUAUUGGCAAAGUAGAAAAUUUGGAGGCAUAAAAACAUAACAGCACCUUCUAUUAAGAUUUAUCAGGCACCUACUCCAAGUUGUUUAAUGGAAUUUAGCCAUCUUUUUUUUUUUUUUAACUGAAUUUAGUCCAUUUGAACUUUGAGCUUUUCUAUAACAAAGUGCCUAUCUUCUUCAAGAUUCUGGAGACCUACUGAAGACUUUCUUUCCGUCCCUGCACUUAGAAAGUCAAUGGAGAGGAUUCAAGUAGAUUCACUGUAAAACACCAAAUGAAAUCCGUUGCCAUGGAGUUAAUUUAGACUUCUGACAACUCCGUGUGUUACAGAGUAGGACUGCUCCCGAGGGUUCUCUGGGUUGUAAUCCUCACAGAAACAGUUCACCAGGACUUUCUUCCACGGUGCCACUGGGUGGGUUUAAACUGCCACCCUGUAGGUUACUAGACAAGCACAGACCCUGUACACUGCCCAGGGAUCUGGAUUCACUGUAGCCUCAACAAAAUAGAGACUGGCUCUGAAGUUAUCCCAAAUAUGAUUCAUCAGUGGCUUCAGACUUGUCACUUCCUUUCUUAAAGAAGGAUCCAAAGUGCUAACUCUCAACUCAUCUCUGUGGGAGGCAAAAAACAUGUAGGGAGCCCAGAGAGGUGGAUUAUAAUCUCAUCUAUGUCUUUAAAUGUCACUUGACCUUGGUCAAGUUGGUUCGUACCUAAGCCUGAAUAUCCUUACUUUCAUUGAGGGCGCUCAAGAAAAUAAUUUUCCUCUCAAUUUUAACAUAAGAACCUUGUCACACAGUAGAGCAGUCAUUAAAAUUUAAAUAAAAAGUCUCACACAAUUAGAUGAAAUAAAAACAGUAUGUAUUGCUAUACUCGUGUAGGUUUUCACUGUGAGAAUGAUUAACUCAUGCUUAACAAAAAUACAGACUGGGAUAUAAUAAAAUGGAUAGUUCUGGAAUUCUUUAAGUGGAUUCUCACAAGCUUUUACUGAGAUGCCUGUUCUACAUUUCUAAACAGCGAAGGAGAACAUAAAUUCAGCAAUCCCCUCUCCCUCAUUUUACCCCAUUGUCAUCCCUUAAAAACACGAAGUUCGCAUUCAAAAAAAUGUGAUGAGUCAUAAAUAAAAUGGUUACUAUGAUUUUAAUAAUCUCUGUCUGCGGUGCUCAUCAUGGCUUUCAAGCCCUCCAGCUCUGUAACAGAAUCUUGCUUUUUACUUUUCUUCUCCGGACUUCUGCCAAUGCAUGCUCCAGUCAAGUCUGACACUUAAUGUUUCUCAUUAGUAUACCCAGACCAUCUCAUUCCGAUUUUUUCACAUCCGACGUCAGCUGAACACCCCUACCUCUGCUACAACCUAAACUUUCAUUUCUACCUAUGGAGAGAGUACCCAGUUCAAAAAACAUCUCCUCAGAGAAGCCUAUCUGUA